AUGGCGAACUCCCAAGCACACGCGCACGCCCACAAGCAUGCAGCCAUGGCCAUCAAAGCUGCGAAUGGCGACGACUUCACAGAAAAGAACCGCGCCCACUGGGACCAGAACGCUCGCACCUACACCUCCCAACCCUGGCAACAAGAAAUGAUCGCGCGCAUCAACUCCUUCCUAGCUGCCAAUGCCGAAUGGCUCGGUCUCCCGCCCAGACAGUCCUCGUCCGCUGACAAUAGCAAUGCCCGACCAAUCCGCGUCCUGGACUACGCGUGCGGGCCUGGCACCGUCACCGCCAUUCUGGGUCCACGAGCCAAUGAAUGGAAGGGCAUCGACCUCAGCGCCGAGAUGUGCAAGAUGUACAACGAGCGUUUCGCUUCAGUGCCGGAAUCGGACAAGGCCCUAAAGCCAUUCACUGCGCACGCAACGAACGGCAACCUCCUAAGAGAAGGCGGCGAUGAGGGCUUCGGCGGCCCUGAGUGGCAAGGCUUUGACAUGGUUUGUAUUGGUUUGGGCUUCCAUCACUUUGAAGACCUGCCGCUCGCCACGAAGACGCUGGUGGAGCGCCUACGUCCUGGCGGGGUUUUCAUGAUCGUUGACCUGGUGACGCAUGAGCCGGAGGAGUCGACGCGGCACCUCGUCGCGCAUGCGGGAUUUGAUUUUGAGAAAGUUAGAGGAUUGUUUGAGGGACAAGGGUUGCAGGACGUGCAAUGGAGAGUCAUGGAGGAGGAAGUUUUGAUUCGAGGGACAAUGCCUAGGCGAGUGUUUGUGGCGAAGGGGCGAAAGCCGGAGUAG